GGGCAGCGCCAGCGAUCGCAGGGGGAGGAGCGGCGGUGGCAGCAGCGGCCCCAGGUGGGUGUAACCGGAGAAGGGAGGCGCGGCGAGGCGAGGCUCGGUCACUACCUGCGGAACCUGUCGGGCAGCUCAGGCAGUGACUGGGAGCGGUUCCCCGAGGCGCACGCACAGGUCGCUCUCCCGCAGCCUACAGGGCCAAGCGCUCCGGACCCCGGACCCCCGACUCCCCGCCCGCUAGCCAUGGAGCUGCUCCGCGGGGCUGCGCUGCUGCUGCUGCUGGUGGCCGCCGUGUGCUGGGCUCAGCAGGACCAGAGUUGUACAUGUGCCAACAACAAACGCACAACCAGCUGCACUAACAACUCCGGUAUCUGCGAGUGUACAUCCUUUGGGUCACAAGUCACAAUCCAGUGUGACACACUGACUUCAAAAUGUCUGCUGAUGAAGGCAGAAAUGGCUGCCUUAAAGAAGUCUGGUCGUAGGGCGAAACCAGAGUAUGCAUAUGUAGACAACGAUGGCAUUUAUGAUCCUGACUGUGAAAACAGUGGCAUCUUCAAGGCUAGGCAGUGCAAUGGAACUUCCUGCUGGUGUGUGAACAGUGCUGGAGCAAGAAGAACUGAAAAGGGUGACACAAACUUGCAGUGCAGUGAACUAGUCAGAACAAGCUGGAUCAUCAUUGAAACAAAACAUGCUGAGAGAAGUACAGCUGUGGAUCCUUCUCGUUUGGAGGAAACCAUCAAAAAUGAAUUUAACACACGUUACUUGCUGAAUCCAAAGUAUAUAAAUGAUGUUCUGUAUGAAAACCCUUAUAUCACUAUUGAACUGAAGCAAAAUGGUUCCCAGAAGUCUGGCAAGGAUGUGGAUAUAGCUGAUGUGGCGUACUACUUUGAAAAAGAUGUCAAAGGUGACUCUCUACUUCAGAAUGGCAUGCUACAGAUUAACAUCAGUGAAGAACCUCUAAAAUUUGAUCAAGCUCUAAUCUACUAUGUUGAUGAAAAGCCACCGGAGUUUUCCAUGAAAGGUCUGACUGCUGGUGUUAUUGCCGUCAUUGUAGUGGUGAUACUAGCAAUUGUUGCUGGAAUUGUUGUACUGGUUAUCACUAGGAGAAGGAGAGGAAAGUAUGAGAAGAGUGAGGCAAAGGAAAUGAAUGAAAUGCAAAGAGAACUAAACCCAUAACUGAAGUCACUAGAAGACAAAUUGUGAACUAUCAAGAAGGCAAACAGAACUGAAACAAGACUAGAAGUGUGGAUUUAAAUUUGUGUAUGUUUGGUCUAUGGGGAAAAAUUAUGUAACUUGGUGAUCUCUCAAAUUUGAAUGAGCAUAAAUAGGAUAA